AUGCCUCAGGAAUAUCCAAAAUGCUUCAUAACUGUGGGCACAACAAAAUUCGAUUUACUUUGCGAAUACAUAAUGACCGGACCAGUUCUUACUGCAAUGAAGAACAUUGGUUGUAAACAAAUAACUGUCCAGAUUGGUAAUAGCAAUGUAGAACCUGGUAUUUACGAAAAGAACGAUAUUGAAAUAAAUAUGUACAGGUUUAAAGACUGUAUUCAAGAAGAUAUACGAAACGCUGAUUUGGUUAUAAGUCACGCUGGAGCAGGCAGUUGCUUAGAGACUUUGGAAGCAAACAAACCUCUUUUAGUUGUUGUGAACGAAGAUUUAAUGGACAACCACCAACUAGAGUUGGCAGAGAAACUUCAAACCGACUCUCACUUGUAUUAUUGCACGUGUGACACAUUAGUAAGCACACUAAGUAUGGUUGAUUUUAGUUUGUUAAGUCCAUUCCCUAAAGCAGAUCCGACAAUGUUUCUUAAGUAUCUUGAUAGUGUGUUUAAGGUUAAAAAUAUUGACUGA